UCUUUCAUUUCCCACAUAGAAACAAACACUACCCACUUCAACCCUAAUUCCUGCUCCAAUGGCAACUGCUGUUUCCAAUUCCAAGCCAUCAUUAGGUAAAUGGUUCUCUAACAACAACAAGAGCUUCAGGAUUAGCUUCCAACGCCUUCUUCCUUCCAAAUCUGACCUGUCAAGUCGCAAUUUCUCUCUACCUCAAACUGAGCUUAUUACUACUACUAUUCCUCCUCCCAAGGAUGGGUCAUAUUCCUCUGGGAGUACUACUCCAAGAAGUAGUACACCCAGAGACAGAUCAAGAAAGGAUGAGCUCCAAGAAGUAUUCGGUUACUUCGACACGGACCGCGACGGAAAGAUCUCGGCUCAUGAACUCAGAUCCUACUUUGCAUCCGUAGGGGAGUAUAUAUCACAUGAGGAGGCUCAAGGUGUGAUCAAUGAUCUUGAUGCAGAUGGUGACAAUUUGAUAGACUUUGAGGAUUUUAUGAAGUUGAUGGAACGUGAAGGUGGGCAUGAUGAUGAUCUUAGAAGAGCUUUUGAGAUGUUUGAAGUGGAGAAGGGUUCUGGGUGUAUUACUCCGAAGGGGUUGCAGAGGAUGUUUAGACGACUUGGAGAUGAAAUAUCAUAUGAAGAGUGCAAGGCCAUGAUAGAGAUAUUUGACCUUGAUGGUGAUGGUGUUCUUGGUUUCCAAGAAUUCCAGCAGAUGAUGGCUUAGCCCUAUCAAUUAUUGUCUGUAUUGUUCUAUGUGUUUUUUUUUUUUUUUUUUGGUGUGUUAGUGUGUGCAUGCAAAGGUUACCUACAUAACAAUAAUUACCUUUCCUUGCUUAUUUAACAAAUUGAAACUAGAAAAGUGGGGUUAGGCGCUAGAACUAUAAUGGACAAGUUUGAUGCAUGUAUUGAAAUUUGAAGUUUAAUUAAUAUACCUUAGAAAGGGUUAAUCAA